AUGAAUGAAUGGAAAGAGGAUCCCAUGACAAUCGAAUUGGCUAACACUCCGCAGCACAUCUCUACCCUGGCUAUUCCUGCUCUCACCAUUUGCGGUCCACUAAUUGUGACAGAGGAAGGAGUUGAAUAUUUUGAGGAAAAACAUGGUGAUGAUAUAUACAAGAUGGCUGAUAUCUUAGGUAUGUCAAGAAAAGCGUUUGAUGAGAUGUACAAUAUGAGUUCAACUGGAAAUGGUACAGGAAGUAAUUGGGGGAGAUUCUUCAUAUCUGAUUUCUGUCUUGAUACCUUUUUCCGUUACAUCUCAAAUGAUGAUUACUAUGCCUUUACUGCACACUUUCUUUCUGGAUUAAUCCGUCCAACGUUCAUGUUCAGGGAACUCUGCUGGUCCAUCAACAUGCUUCCACCUUCCAAGAUUUACAAGAUGAAUACAGUACAACAUUAUUUAGACUCAGAAAUGAGUGUACCAGAUGGGUGGAACAUCACACUUCAAUUGAAUACUGAAUUGAUUCAUGGAUUUCCGUCAUAUACAGAAUAUUGGUUAGAGAAUGGAACAAUUGAUGUUUAUCCACCAGUGAAGAUACCAGUUUUGGUAGAGCAAUCAGACAUAAAUUAUCAUCUGGAUGAAUAUAAGAAUAAAGACACCAAGUUUAUUGGCAGGGACAAUAAAUAUCGGUUCACAAUCCACAAUCCUUGGGAUGUACCAAGUCCAUUCAUGAGAUGGCAUCUUCUUCAGCAAUCAACAAGUUCUCGCAUUCUCAUUGAACCUGAAGUAACAAUAAAAUAUCCUGUUGAUGAUAACGAUUUUCUGUACAAAGUUCCAUCUGCCAAGCAAUGCUACAACACAACAGAGAAAACAUUGGACUUUUUUCAAUAUUAUACACAACAAAACUGUUUAAUGGAGUGCUCCACCAAGAGAGCAUUGAGAGAAUGUGGAUGUGUUCUGUUUUACAUGCCACACAACGAAUCAACAUACAUAUGCUCUGAUGAAUACAGCUCCUGUGCGGUGGAUGUUGCCAAAGCCACUUAUUAUGACACAGGUGAAAGGAGAUUUCAAGAUUUUUGCGAUUGUUUGCCAUCUUGUAACUACACUGACUACAAGGUGAUAUCUUAUGAAACAUCUCAUUUUCCUCUGCCUGGAAUGUUUCUCUCACUUCAACCAGUUAAAAUUGAAUUCAGAAACGAUUUUUUUUAUCCAAAAGUUCGAACCUACACUUACAAUAACAAUGAGAUGAUGGAUGCCACCGUUGUCUACUUGGAUGCAUUCCUAGGCGUGAGUAUAAUGACUGUAGCCGAAAUAUUCUACUACAUUUUGUUGUAUGUUAUUGAUUAUUUAAAAAGGAAGAUACAACCAAUGCUCCGUGGACUGUAUUUGUCAUGAAAACUGAAUCUGAAUAAAGUAAUCCAAUUCAAAAUUCACUUUCUCAUUUCAAAAACUAUCAUACAAAGAUGCAAUAGUAACUUUUAAUAAUAUUUUUAUUGGUUUGAUAAGAUAUAUUUCGAACGACUUGAAUUAGCUGAGUGAUCUCAAUCAAGUAAUUGAAUCAGUGAAAGUCAAGCUAGAAUCAGAAAUUUGCUUUAUCUUGGAAUGAGAAAGUUUCAAUAAAAUAUAAAUACAAAUUUUGGUACCUACCCUUUUUGAAUUAUUUAAUCACAACAUGUUUCAGACAUUCAUGCCAUUUAUAAGUACUGUUGAAAGAUUCUUAUUUUUGAGAAAAAAGAC